AUGAUCCGAACGUUUCUACGACCUUUACAAGCUGUUCGAGUUGUUCAAAUACCAGUUCGAACAACCGUGGUUGUCGAACGAGUAAAUCCGUUGACAAAACUACGUCCAUGGGAGAACAUUUACGAUUACAAUAAAUAUAAAUAUGCUGACUUUCAAUAUCGUGUUGUUCGUAAUACGGAUGCAGACAAAUGGGGAAACAUCGAUGUGAUCCUUACUGAAUAUGUCGAAGGUGUGGGAUAUAAAGGCGAAAUUGUGAAUAUUCCACGCGAAAUGGCGUAUACAGAAUUGUUACCAGCACAAUUAGCACUUUAUCCAACACCGGACAAUGUUGCCUUGUUUGAAGAGGAAAGAAAAUUACUGGUAGAUCGACCACAAAUAUCUCCGUUUGUUAUGAAAUGCCGUGAUUAUUUGACAACAAUUCUUUUACAAAUACCAAUCAAUAUGAAAGUCAAAGAUUGGUCAUUAACGAGAGACAAUGUUCGCAUUGCACUUCGACGAAUGAAUGUGAUGUGCGAUGAAGACGCUAUUUUGUUAGAAGAUGGUGCGAUUAACAAAGAUACUUAUAAAUUAGGAGAAGAAUUUCAGGUUACAUUGAAGAUCAAUCCACUCGUCGAUGUUUCGAUUAAAUGUACACUCGUACCAGUGGACAAAGCGAAACUAUGGGACGAAUAUCAAUUAUCGAAACGACGUGCCAAAACCUAA